CCAACGUGAGUUUUCAGUCGGAAUUUUGAAGGCGACGCACAGAUUUGCUUGUGUAAUUGCACAACAAUCUGUCAACUUUACACAAGGAAGGUGAAGAUGUUGUCUGGUCUUGUGGCGAAAAGACUUGUAACAGGACUGUGUCAGGCAUCAUGGAGACCAGCCAUCACAGGGAUGGUUUCAUCCCGUGGUUACCGUGGAGACGCUCCUGAUGACAAUAAGUUUGACCUGAUUGAGAUCCCUUUGCCUCCAUGGCUGGAAAAGCCAGACGAGCCCAUCAACAUCAAGAGACGCCGGCUUCUUUAUGAAAGUCGCAAGAGGGGCAUGUUGGAGAACUGCAUCUUGCUCAGUCUUUUUGCAAAGCGAUACCUGAAUACAAUGACAGAAAGUCAGCUGCUGCAGUACGACAGACUGAUUAAUGAACCAAGCAAUGACUGGGACAUCUACUACUGGGCCACAGAAGCUCAUCCAACACCAGAGGUGUAUCAAGGUGAAGUCAUGGACAUGCUGAAGGAGUUCACAAAGAACCGAAACCACGAACAGAGGCUGGAUGCACCCAGCUUAGAGUAUCUGGAAAAGGAAAGUCAGUGACCCUCUGGAUCUUCUCCGACUCGUUACAAGGAUGCUGAUAUGUGGAAUAGAUCUUCAGAAAAAUACUUGGAAUGUCAGCAGUGUUACUUCAGCAGCAUGAAAUAAAAUAGAUGUGAAUGACACAUGGAAAUAUAUUUCUUAGCCAGCCCUUGGAUUCUUUUAUUUCACCAUCCGUGUAGUCGGGAUUGCAUUUAUUAUUGUGAAAAUGUAUCGGAAUUUUGUGAUUCAUUACUUUCAAAUUUUCUUUUUGUGUGAGAUCUUCAAUAAAUCCAAAUACUAAAUACUCUG